GAUCGCGAGGCUGCGAGUCUUUUGUUCCGAAUCAAUCAAAAAAACGAGGAAGACGGACAGACAUAAGUAGAGCAUCUGAAUCAGGAAAUCUACUUAUAUAAUAGUCGCAUCUUCCAGCACAACAGACUAAGCCGCCGCCACUUAACUUAACACGUCUAUAUUCGGUUAACUUAGAUAUUUGUAUUUAAAGUAGAGGGGGGAAAGUUUUACUCAGGAUUUUGUACUAUGCCACGCAAGAAGCAGACAGAUGUGUCUGGGAACGGUGGAUUGAAGAGGAAAAGAGGUGGUGGAAAGAAAAAGGACAGGGAGUUUAGCAGUGAUGAUGAGUUUGAUGACUUUGAACAAGAAAACACAAAGAAACCUGGGAAACCAGCGGCUAAAGCGGGUCUGCAGCCUGUCACUGUGGCUGAUGAUGUGAAGGAGAAGAUUAAACUUGAGGUUCCCAAAGUUAAAGGUCAGCUGCUAGUUUUUGGAGCCACCAACUGGGACCUGAUUGGCAGAAAAGAAGUGCCAAAACAGCAAGCUGCUUAUAGGAACCUUGGGCAGAAUCUGUGGGGUCCCCACCGCUAUGGAUGUCUCAAUGAUGUCCAGGUUAGCUGUGUGGUGUCUGGUCCCUGUGCUGCCCACAGUCUCAUCAUCACCACAGAGGGCAAACUCUGGAGCUGGGGUCGUAAUGAUAAAGGGCAGUUGGGUCAUGGAGACACUAAACGAUUGGAGGCUCCAAAACUAGUUGAGGGCCUGGGGGAGGAAGUGAUUGUAGCAGCUGCUUGUGGUAGAAACCACACCAUGGCUUUAACAGAAAAUGGUACCGUCUAUACCUUUGGAGAAAACAAACUGGGUCAGCUAGGUCAGGGCAAUCAGACAGAUGCUGUGCUCAGCCCUGCUACAAUCCAGUACAACGGGCAGCCAAUAGUCAAAGUGGCCUGUGGUGCAGAGUUCAGUAUGAUUGUGGACUGCAAGGGGAACCUUUAUUCUUUCGGUUGCCCUGAAUACGGCCAACUUGGGCAUAAUUCAGAUGGAAAGUUCAUUGCUCGUGCCCAGCGCAUUGAGUUUGACUGCGAGCUGAUCCCUAGACGGGUGGCCAUUUUCAUUGAGAAGACCAAGGAUGGCCAAGUGCUUCCUGUGCCCAAUGUCGUGGCUCGGGAUGUAGCAUGUGGUGCCAAUCACACGCUGGUGUUGGAUUCCCAAAAGCGUGUUUUCUCAUGGGGAUUUGGGGGAUAUGGACGACUAGGCCAUGCCGAACAGAAAGACGAAAUGGUCCCACGAUUAGUCAAGCUCUUUGACUUCCCAGGCCGUGGAGCAACUCAAAUAUACUGUGGCUACCAGUGUUCCUUUGCUGUGAAUGAAACGGGUGGUCUAUUUUUCUGGGGAGUGACAAAUACGUCCCGUGAGUCCACCAUGUACCCCAAAGCCGUGCAGGACCUUUGCGGAUGGAAGAUUCGCAGUCUUGCCUGUGGGAAGAGCAGUAUUAUCAUUGCAGCUGAUGAUAGCACCAUUAGCUGGGGACCAUCGCCCACAUUUGGAGAGCUGGGCUAUGGUGACAACAAACCUAAGUCCUCCACCACUGCUCAAGAGGUCAAAACUCUGGAUGGAGUGUAUUCAGAACAGGUGGUGAUGGGCUAUUCGCACUCUCUGGUUAUUGCCCGACAAGACACAGAGCAGGAGAAGGAAAAGCUCAAGAAGCUGCCUGAAUACAAUCCGCGAACACUCUGAUUGGACACCGUUCUCAUUUUCUCCAGGGGCUUUUUUUUUUUUUUUUUUUUUUUUUUUUUUUUUUAAUGGAAGGCCUCUGCUCAUUAGGUCACCUGGGUAAUCACAAUUUGGUUGGGAUGGGAUUGUUUAUUUUUCUUUGAUUUUUUUGGACAUGCCACAUGUCGGAUUAAAGUAUUUAAGAAGUUGCAUUAACUGAUCGGUGUAGGCUCGGGCGUUUCAGAAUGGUAAUUGUGGCGUCACACGCCGGUUUUAAUUUCACAGUAAAACCAGCAACUGCUCAGAGCACUCGGAUUCCACUGGAACCAUCCCCUUUACUUAUACAUUCCUAAUGGAAGUUUAUCACAGAUUGUUUUGUUUAUUUUUCCAUAACAAUGGCUGUGAAAUCCAUGUCUGCUCUCUUCCAAAAACUGGUGCUAAAUCAUUCUAAUGCAGACUAUCAAUGGACUAAUGGUUAACUAAAAAGACAUGCUCACUCCAUUCUUGUGCCUUUUUAAGUGAGAUGAUUCAGGCUGAGUAUCAGUUAGUCCUAUGACAACUCAAGUGUUAUGGGGCACUUCACCUUUUAAACAUCACUUUCAUUACUUCCAGCUCCAUGUUUUCAUCACCAUACAUAAGAACACCAUUUUCCUCAAAUCAAGACCAUGUAGCUAAUCAGUAAGAGAUUUUUUUUUUUUUUCUUCUAUUUUUAAGAUGCAUAAUCCUGUUAAUCUGAUCAGGGAAGUAUUUUCAACUCCUGCAAUGCAAAUGAGACAUCAGCUGUGAGAUUUUUAUUAAAUCAAUUCUUCCUUUUCUAGAAAUUGAAGUGUUAAGUGUUCAUGCCCUUGCUAGUGAUGUUAACUACAGAAAUGCUGUUCUCGUGUUGAUGUUAGCAUGUUUUGGAAAUGAUGAACUUGAUGUUGAGAAGAGUAGAUUGUCCCAUCAUCAGGGACCACAAUGUCUUUACGGAGCAUUUUUUUCAUGCAAUAUGUUAAAUACUGUGCCAUUUCUUUGUGUUCACCUGGGCUUAAACUGAUCACAUUGCUAUCUUUCAUAAUCUGUAUGCAAGUCCAUACAAGAGUCCAUCCAGUUUGUUGGCGAGCAACAAGCUUUAUGUUCUUUGAAAACGUUUUUAAAUUGUGUACUUGCAAGAAAUGUUCAUUUAAGCAGUUUAUGUCCAGGAACUGGAAUUCCAACACUUAUUUUGAUUUCUAAAAUGUUAUUUUUUUCUUAAUAUUAAAUAAAGGUUCAUGUAAGUUGG